UUAAGCCCCAGCCAAUUAAUAUAUGUUUUAAUAUAUGUUUUAAAGGCUGAAUGGCAGCUAAAGGCAAUAUUUAACUACAAUCUGUACACGAAACACAGAAAGAAAUCGCCAUUAAUAAUUUUAUUUCUUGUUGAUGCUGAUGAUUUAUAUCAGACUUGCCCUGAUACACGGCUGCACAUGUGACCAUAUAGUUGUUACAGUUGGUCACAGCUCAGUCUUGUACAGUUAGUGACAGUUGGUCUCAGUACAUGGUUUGACUCAGACCAGCGUGCAUCUUGCGUUUUUUUUUCCUUCUGGAAAGUGAAUUCCCCAAUUAUGGGAGAUAAAUUGCCUCCAGCGAUGGAGAAGAGUACUCCUCCAAUAAGGAGUGAGGAAAAUCAUCAACUUUUUGCUGCUACAAAGGCAGAGAUGGAAAAGGACAAGGGGGAUACCAUCACGGUGAAGAGAAAGAUGGACAUCAGCGCUGAAAAGGAAAGUGGGAGAAAAAGGAAGAAAAAGGUGAAACAUCAGUGCAGUGACGAGAUCAAGGAGGAGGAUAAUAUGAAGAAAGAAAAGAAGAAAGAAAAGAAGGGAAGAAAAAGACCCCGAAAAGAUGAGGAACCCAAAACAGAGGAAGCAGGAAGUGAGCAGAAGAGGCCCCACCAAGAAGAAGUUCCUCUCCAUGUUGCAGUCUGCACGUGUCAGAUCCCCGCAUUGCUUGGGAUUGGUUCAUUUGGCAAAGUGCCAUCGGUGGAUUUCGACAAAACAAUUGAAGAGCCGCUGUCAUUCUUGGAGUCUUCAGAAUGCCUCACGCCGUCAUCCGAGUUGGAGCACCCAAGCCAUUGUUGGACAUCCAGUAAUCUCUGCCAUUCUCAGGCCCAACCAAUGGCCAUCAACUCUCCAUACCAUCCGUCUCCAUUUGGUCCUUUUGGCUUCUCCAUCCAGCCUUACACUGCAUAUUGGCCUCAUGUCGGCUUCUACCAACAGCCUUUUCCAUCAGUUCCUUAUAAUCUCCAUCCUUUCCUUGGUCCUGUUAUUAGACCUCCGCCAGUUUCAGUCUUAGUCCCAGUUUAUCAUAACCUGCCUCUUGAUGUCGUCAACACCCCUUGGCCUUUUCCAUCACACCUGCAGUAACCAUCGUCCUUUGGCUCUAUCAGUGGCCUUUAACAUCUUCAGUCUCUGGCCUUUGUCACUUUUCCCUAACGCUUAUUUUUGACUCUUCAUUGUUACUAACACUUGUUCUUUCAAUCUGCCUCUAGCCUUUUCCAAUGGCUACUGUCUCUGGCCCAUUACAUCGGCCUUUUCCAUCACUUGCCUUUACUUCUAGCCCAUAACAUCGGCUACUGUCUCUAGCCCACUCCAACGGCCCAAACACUAGCCCAUUCCA